GGGAGAGACGCACCCCUGGAGGGGGAGGGAGGUGCAGCCGGGCGGGUUAGGUGAGUUGCAGGGAGUCUUUGCUCUGCACAGAGAGCUCAGCAUUGAGGCUGCAGGAUAGGGGAGUCACUGGUAACCAGAUAUGGACACCGAAUCCAACCACUCGGGAUAUUCACAUCACUCUCGGAGUCGCCACCAAAGAGAGAGAAGUCAUGAUGGGCAGAAAUCAGCGAAUAUUCAGCCUAUGGUUGGGCAGCCCCUGCUGGGAGAGGAUUCGGGGCGCGGAGAAGAGGAGGAGGAUGGACAGGAUGAUCAUUGGGGUGAGACCACCACAGCCGUCACAUCAGAGCGUAGUGCAUCAUUUGAGGACUUGGCCCCAGUUGGAACCUCCAGUAUCCCAGACAAUGCUGCACCUAAAACCUGGAUUAUGAUUGGAUUCUACUUGAGCUGUGUUCUUGGACUUUUUGCUAUCCUUACCCCGCCAGCUUUUAUUGUGCUCCCCCAUGUUUUUUGGGGGUCCCAGCUGGAACCCUGUGGUGUAGUCUGUGAGGGGCUUUAUAUUUCUUUGGCCUUUAAGCUGCUUCUUCUUUUUUUGGCUAGCUGGGCUGUUUUUCUCCGUCCUCCACGUUGUGCUCUUCCUCGACUAGUUGAAUUCCAUGCUCUUCUAUUAGUCUUGCUCUUCCUCCUUCUGUCCUCCUAUUGGCUCUUCUAUGGUGUCAGGGUCCUGGGCCCACAAGAGAAGAACCUACGUGGAGUGGUGGAAUAUGCAGUCUCAUUGGUGGAUGCUCUCAUUUUCAUUCAUUACCUUGCUCUCAUUUUGCUUGAGCUCCGCCAGUUGCAACCCUUAUUUUUUCUGAAGGUUGUGCGGAGCAGUGAUGGAGAGACGCGAUUUUACAGCCUUGGAACCCUCAGUAUACAGAGAGCUGCCCUGUUUGUAUUGGAGAAUUACUACAAGGACUUCCCUGUGUUUCACCCCACUCCACCUGUGGUCAGAAAGCGGUCCCGGCACGACAACCACAACGGGAAAAAAGUGUACAAUGUUGAUGGUCCUGAUAGCAGCACAGUCAGCCAAUCACAGACUCUGAUCUCAACAUCCACCAAUUACAAAGAGAGAUAUUAUGAAGAGGCAGAACAUGCACGGAAAGUCCGGAGGCGCAAAGCCAGGCUAGUGAUGUCGGUGCAUGAUGCCUUCUCUCAGCUGAAGCACCUGGUACAACAGGACGAGGAAUGGAAAUCAGCCAACACUUUGCAUCAACAGGAGGCAGCCCAGAGCAUAUUCCCACUUAUUGCCCAGAGCCUGCAGCGCUACCUACGCUCAACCCAGCAAGCUCACCUGCACAGCAUGGAGGGGAUAAUCCAGCAUCUCACACUGUGUUUGACCCAUCAAAUGUCACCCCAGGCCUUUUUAGAACAGUAUUUGCGCCCUGGCCCUCCUGUUCAAUACCUCAGCAACCCCUAUGGUGUCUGGACACUGGUGAGUGAAGAAUCGGUCACACGUCCCCUUAGAUCCAAUCUGACUUUCUGCCUCCAGUGCUCCGACACUCAGCUGGUGGUGACUGUUUGUGGGAUCCCGUUUCUGAAACUGAGUGAGACCUUCAUCCCCCCAAACUCCCAACGUUUCAUUGUGAGUAGCAAACCUGAGACCAACCUGUGAGCGGCUCUACAUAGGAGGAGGGAUGGAAGGACUUGAUCUUUGCAAAGCAAAGUGAUGGAAUGAUGGAAUAAGUGCACUGCUAUGCUUACCCCGGCAAUCAUUAUACGCCUCAUUUGUCUGCCUCCUGGCAAUGGCUAAGUGGUUCAUUGAAGUGUUAGCCCCUUGGCUUGUUAGUAGCUACUGUGAUGGAAAGAAGAUUCAACUUGGCAUAAAAGGUGCCUCAAGCUUGAAGAUAGUUACUGAGAUGGAAGACUUUUCCACCUUGUUGUUUCAAACCUGGAUGAAAAGAUGUCUCCUUGGUGGAAGCCAUUAGAAUGGAAGAUUCCCUCACCUUGGAGUUACACACAGGAAUGGAAAGGUGGCACCUUGGAUUUAGCAAUUGAGAUGGAAUGAUGCCUCACCUUGGUGUUAAACACUGGAAUGGAAAGGUGGCACUUUGGUGGAAGCCUGUUAGGAGAAGACUUGCUGCUAUACCAUACUCAUGACAAAGAGACAUGUUAAUGUAUUUAUACAAGCUAAUUCCCUGUGCGCAUGACCAGGAGGAGUCAGUAUUGACCUCUGUAUUACAGACAUUAUAAUUGUUAUUAAACAAAAGUUUGAGUGGUUGCACCUUGUUGAGCUCUUUACCAUUACAAGGUGGAUCUGGUGGUAUAAUGAUGGUAGGUGCACAUAAAGGAGUCUUCUCAUUAGUUAAGGGCAGUUCCUUCACAAAGUCCAGUCAGAUCUUGAAUGAACAACUAAUAAGAAUUCCGCAUAUACUGUACUACACUGCAGAUCUGAAGAUCUGAAUUUUUGCGGUCACUUUGCUGAACUAUAAUAUGGGCCAUUUACUAUAUAACCUUGCACAUGGUGUGAGUUCCUUGGCACACUGCAGAGAAAAGACGGGUGGCACCUCUUGUAUUGGGUAGAGGCAAGAGAGUCACAUGGUUAACCUAAAAUUUAAGGAGCAGCAUCACCCAAAAAGAGCAAAUAGAGGCAAUUAUGCAUAACAACCAAUCAUAUCUCUGCUUUUAUCUUCUUGGUUGCACUAGUGUAUUAUGCCUCCUGAUAUGUGGCCAUAGGACUAAGAAAAAGAGGAAAGGCCUUUAUCCUAAUAAAUAUUUUUGUACUUUU